CUCAUUAUCCUACACACCAAAAAUUCAACACAAUACAGUAUACAGUUCGAACCGAUGAUGCUAAAAUAUCUCUUUAGUCCGCAGAUUAGUCUCUACCUUCGCGCUCGCUUGCAAAAUCUUGGCUUUCUUAGAUUCUUCACUUCAGAUACACCUAUCAAUUUGGGUGCCAAUUUUACUUUCACCCGUGAUGUACGCAAGUUAGAAAUCCAAAUAAGAUCUUUAUGUGAAAAACCGAACUUCAAAUUCAAAGAAGCGGUUUUGAUUUUCGAUUUUCUUGUUGAAAUGGGUCGAAUCCCUUCUGGGUUUAUAUGUAAUUUUUUAGUUGAAGUCCUUGCGAAGAACAACCAGUACAAAUUGGCCUAUAAAGUAUAUAAUAGGAUGAUUCAUGUUGAAAUUUUGCCGAGUUUUCUGUCAUUGGGUGCAUUAGUUGAGUAUUUUGUUCAUACCCGUAAGCCUGAAUUUGCAAUUUCGGUACUUGGGUUGAUACUAAAGCGCGGUUUUAGUGUUAAUGUGUACCUAGUGAAUCUUAUAUUGAAGGGUUUAUGCCAAAAUGAUGAGGUGGUUAAGUCCGUGGAGCUUUUUCAUGAAUUGAGUAGAAACUUUGUUUCACCUGAUAUAGUUAGUUAUAACACAGUUAUAAAGGGACUUUGCAAGGCAAGGAGAUUGGAUGAAGCCCUAGGUCUGUUAGUUGAGAUAGAGGCGGGAAAUUGCUGCCUCAAUUCAAUUACUUAUGGCAUUUUAAUGGAUGGUCUUUGUAAGGAGGGUAGAGUGGAAGAGGCAAUGGGUCUGUUGGAUGAUAUGAGGUUCAAAGGUUUGGAUGUGGAUGUUGUUGUAUAUAGUACGCUUGUAACUGGUCUUUGUGAUAAAGGAGACACCGAUAGAGGGGAAGAACUUUUAAAUGAGAUGAUGCAAAAGGGAAUUUCGCCCAAUGUAGUUACAUAUACAUGCUUGAUGCAUGGCCUUUGUAACAUGGGGAAAUGGAAGGAAGCCACAGCAGUGUUAAAUGCAAUGACUGAAAGUGGGAUUCAUCCGGAUGUUUUUAGUUAUACGAGUUUAAUUGAUGGGCUCUGCAAAGAUGGGAGAGCAGCUAAAGCCGUGGAGCUAUACAACUUGAUGCUAGAAAAGGGUGCCGAGCCUAGUAUCAUAACGUAUAAUGUCCUCAUUAAUGGACUAUGUAAGGAAGGGUUGAUUGCUGAUGCUAUUAAAGUUUUGGCAACCAUGGUUGAGAAGGGGAAGAAACCAAAUGUGGUUACUUACAAUACGUUGGUUAGGGGAUUUUGUGAAAAUAGGAAGGUUGACGAUGCAAUGAAACUUUUAAAUUUGAUGCUGAAGGAUAAGAGCUAUGUUGAACCGGAUGUCAUUACAUUUAAUCUGCUAAUUCAAGGGCUGUGCAAAGCGGACCGUCUGGAUGAGGCAGCAGAGAUGCAUCAUAAGAUGGUUGAUAGUAAAAUAUCGGGCAAUGUUGUCACUUAUGGAGUGUUGAUAGGGGCUUAUCUUAAGGCGGGCAAUGUUGAAAAGGCUAUGGGACUUUGGAAGCAGUUACUUGCAUCAGGAUUAGUCCCAGAUUCAUUUUCUUAUAGUGUCCUAGUCAAUGGAUUUUGCAAAUUGAAUAUGGUUAAUAUUGCGAAAGGGUUUUUUUGUCAAAUGAGAACUCAUGGGCUCCGUCCUUCAUUGUUCGACUACAAUGCAUUGAUGGCAAAUUUGUGUUCUGAGGGUUGUUUGGAGCAAGCAAUGAGAUUGUUUCAGGAAAUGAGAAAUGCUAAAUGUGAACCAGAUGUCACGUCGUUUAAUACCAUAAUCAAUGCAACUCUCAAAGCAGGGAAUAUUCAGUAUGCCAAAGAACUAUUGACAGAUAUGCUUCAGAAGGGUUUGAUGCCGGAUGCUUUCACCUUUUCCAUAUUAAUAAACAGGUUUUCAAAACUAGGACAAAUGGAGGAAGCUACAAGCAUAUUUGAUAGAAUGGUUGCUUGUGGCUUCACAGCAGACACCCUUGUAUAUGAUUCUUUACUAAAGGGCUUUAGUUCAAGUGGAGAAAUGGACAAAAUUAUUAAUUUGCUUCAUCAAAUGGCUGCUAAAGGUGUUGUCCUUGACUCGGAAAUUACUUCCACUAUCUUGACGUGUCUCUGUGACAUCUCUGGAGAUCUCGAUGUGAUAAAGUUUUUACCCAGUUUUCCACAAGACACUUCUAUAGGACUGAGGGUAUCAUGUGAUGAGUUGUUGACGCAACUCCAUCAAGCUCAUCCUGAUCUUCACUUACAUACUGCUUGAAAUGCUUGCAGGUGACUCCAUGUCACAUGUACUGCUCUCUUUAGCUUCAAUUACAUGAUUUCCAUCUCAAGAAAUGCCUGCAGAUGCUGCAGAAUCGUAUGCUGCUCUCUUGGGCGAUGGAACAGUGGAAUGACUUCAAAAGGCACUUAAGUUUGCUCUGAAAGGAUUCUCCUGGAAGACCAUUGCAACCAUUAUCCUUGAUCAGUUUUGGUGUCUUAGAUAUGGGAUCAUCCCCUGACCAUAAUACCUCCCUACCAUAGAUGGUUUGCGAGGUUAAAAGGAGUUAUGCUAUUUUUGGUAUGUGGUAAUGUUUUUCAACAGGAAUGGAAUGGGUUUGGAAAUAGAAUGAGCUUGAGAAUGAAAUGGAAAAAGCAUUA